CCGAGUUAACCUGUCAUUCUUGCCGGUCUUUUCAAUAAUUUUAUGUAGUACUGUGGUUUUGAGGGUCAAAAAUCCACAAAAAAAAAAAGAAAAACAAAUAAUUUCAUGUAUUAAGUAGUCCAUGCAUUUAAUAGUCUUCAAUGUGCACGAGUAUGUGCCACUGUUGUAUAUCAAUCUGGGAGCAAUCAAUCAUGUCAAUAGUGAUACAUACUUAUGAAUAAUUAAUGUUCAAACGACAGUUUGUAUAAAAGCAUAAAUAAAAAAUGGCACGAAAUGCAGAGAAGGCUAUGACAACGCUUGCUCGUUGGAGAGCAGCGCAAAACAACGAAGGAACAAGGAAGGAACAGGAACGGAGGCCUUAUUUGGCUUCAGAAUGUAGAGACUUACGUAAAGCAGAGAAAUGGCGAAUGCAAAUAAUUAGAGAGAUUGCAAAGAAAGUCGCCCAGAUUCAAAAUGCCGGGCUCGGAGAGUUCCGCAUUCGUGAUCUAAAUGAUGAGAUUAAUAAGCUGCUUAGAGAGAAGCGACAUUGGGAAGCACAAAUAAAGGAGCUUGGCGGACCUGAUUACUCCAGGGUCGGGCCUCGCAUGUUAGAUCACGAGGGACGUGAGGUUCCCGGUAAUCGAGGUUACAAGUAUUUCGGAGCUGCUAAAGAACUACCGGGUGUUAGAGAAUUAUUUGAGCAGGAGCCACCGCCGCCACCUCGUAAAACUCGCGCAGAAUUGAUGAAGGACAUCGACGCGGACUAUUACGGCUAUAUGGACGACGACGAUGGUAUUCUGAUACCGUUGGAACAGAAGGCCGAGCAAGAAGCGAGAGAAAAGUGUAUUAACGAAUGGGUAACUCACGAGAAGGAACCGGAAGUUGAGAUUGAGACUACGGCACAAAAAUUGAUUCCUUCGCAGCAGGAUAUUCAGGAGGCUUUGCUGGUUAGAAAGAAGAAAGAGCUGCUGGAAAAGUACGGGCUAGACUGAAGUCCAGGUGCGACAUUGUGUUUGAAAUUGUACAGAUUGGAAUAUCGAUUGCGAUAUUAACUAUUGAUAAAUUUAUUAUUAGUUUAAUUAUAUAUUAGAAUACAUUUUUAUAAA